GGGGGGGGGAAUGUGCUAUAAUAUAAUUAAUUAUUUGACAUACACCAUUAUACAUUAGACAAAGUAUUUUCUUAGUUAUACUUUUGACAUUCAUACAUACAAAAUUAUAUACAAAGUUGUUGUUGUUGUUGCUGUUGCUGCUGCUGUUUUUUAUUUUAUUUUUCGGGGGAUCAAUGUUAACGGUUAUGUAACUUCUCAGAAAUAUUAAAAAAAAAUUUGUCUGACAAAGCUUCAAAAAUAAAAAUUAAAAAAAAAAACUAAACUAAACACGGAUUAUAUGUAACCAAAUUCAUUCAAUAUUGUGCAAUCAUAUAUAGGCACAGAAACUAUUGAUACACAAUUGUAAUAAAUAGGAGAAGAAGAAAAAAGUAGAAGACGGACAGUCCCAAUAUAUAUACAUAAAGAGAGAGAGAGAGAGAAAAAAGAAGAAGAAGAAGAAGAAUUGACCAAACAUAUUUCACCAAUAUUUAAUCAAUAAGUCUGAUUAUAUUGACAGCCUAGAAUGGAAAGUAAUAUUCAUUUAUCAAAUAGUGAUCAUGAAUUAGUGUUAAAUAAACGUGAUGCUAAUACUAAUACAACUGCUAAUAAUAGUGUUAAUAAUACAAAUAAAUCAAUUUUAUUAAAGCAUACAAACUCAUUACCAAUUGAAGAAGAUUCUAAUAUUGAUUUUAAUCAACAAAAUAAUCAAUAUUAUGAAGAAUUUCAACGUGAUAGACCACAAUCAUUACGACCACGUAUGGUUACAAGAUCAUCGGUAAAUUAUCAUCAACAAUCAAAAUAUAAAUUACAAUCAAAUAGUGAACAACAAAAUUUAAAUAAAAUCAAUAAAUCAUAUAAUAUUAAUAAUUAUCCUAUUUUAACACCAUAUAAUACAAGAAAUAAUAGUAUUCAUCAAUCAAGUGAUUAUAUUUCAUUAUUACAUAGUGAUAAACCCUUAGUAACAACAACAACAACAACAACCAUCACCACCACCACCACCACCACAGCAACAACUACCACAACAACAAUCUUAAUCGAUAAUAUGGAUUCACAAUUAUUAUCAUCAUCAAUUAGUCCAGAAUUUAUGGGGAAUACAUCAAAAGAUACACAUAUUGAUGAUUUAUUAUUAAGUAAUAAAAAAUUAAAUCGUACAAUUAAAUAUUUAGAUAAUACAAAAUUAAUAAGACGUGAAUCAAAAUCCUAUUCAACAACUAUAUCACCAAUACCAUUAAUAUCUUAUCAUCAAAAUGUAUUACCAAAUAAUAUGGAUUUAUAUCCAAUAAUAAUGGAUAGAAAUAAUAAUAAUAAUAGUACAAUAAUCGAUAAAAAAUUCCUUAAUAAUAAUAAUAAUGAUGAUAAUAAUACUAAUAAUAGUAGUAUCAUUAAAAAUAUAAAACAUAAAUUAAAUAUCAAUAAAACAUUGAAUACAACAAAAGCUCGUGUUGAAUUAGUUUUAAUAUUUGUUAAAGUUGGUCAAGUUGAUACAGUGAAUGAACGAUAUCAAGCAGAUAUAUUCCUUCAAGCAAGAUGGCGUGAACCAUUACUUGAUGCUAUGUGGAAUAAAUCUAGUUUAAAAUCAAAAAGUUAUUGGCAAACAAAUCCUUCAAUUGAAAAUCCAUUUACAGAUUUAACUUCAAAACGACAAUUGAAUACGUUGAAGUUACAAGAUGAUGAAUUUUGGAAUCCUCGUUUAUUAAUUGAUAAUGCUGAAGGUGAACCAAUUGAAAUUGUUAGUCAUGAAGUAGAAUUUAUAGAACCAGAUUUUGAAGCAUAUCUUGUAGAGAAACGACGAAUUAAAGGUAUCUUUCAUGAAACAUUGGAAUUAAGACAUUUCCCAUUUGAUUGUCAGGAUCUAUCUGUUACAAUCACAUGUGAUCGUACAACAGAUGAAGUGGAAUUAGUUGCUUCACCAACAGAAGUUAGUCAAGUUGAUGUAAGAUGUGCAGCUGACAGUCAAGAAUGGAAAAUAUUUCAUCAUGUCGAUAUUAAAUCAAUUGAAAUUCAAACAGGUUAUAGUCCUGGUACAAGUAAACGUCGUCAUCCUGGUUUAGUAUUUACAAGUCGUUCAGCACGUCGUUCUGGUUAUUUUCUAGUGAAUAUGAUAUUAAUUAGUUGUGUAUUAUGUUUAUUAUCAUUUGCUGCAUUCUCUGUACCAGCUAAUGAAAAUCGUUUACAAUUAUCAUUAUUAUUAUUAUUAACUACAGUGACAUUUAAAUUUGCUGCAUCACAAAAUCUUCCAAAAAUUUCAUAUUUAACAUAUUUGGAUAAAGUGGUCCUGGUGAAUUUUUUCAUGCUUGUCAUUCUCACUGUAUGGCAUGCUAUAGCUCGUGCUGUAUCUGCUUCAAAGCCAAAAUUUUUAGAAUAUGAACAUUAUGUUAUGUACAGUCUACUCAGUUGUUAUUGUAUUGGUUCUGUGUUAUUUGGAUUAACGGUUUAUCUCGAUGCUGGUUCAAGAAGACGUUUAAUGAAACGUAAAGAUGUAGAAUUUAAUCAAUAUAAACAACAAAUUGAAGCACAAAAACAACAUCAUUCAAUAUUAAGUGUAUCAUUAGAAGAAUGGUUAAGUUCACCACAUAAUAGUAUUACAGAUAAUUUAUUAGAUAAAAAUGAUCCAUUAAUCAAUAAUUAUUAAUAAUUCUGAUCCAAAUAAUUUAAGAUCAUAAAUUAGAAUAAUAAGAAAGAUUAUAUCAUUCACUUUGUGAUAUAUACAAAUGGAUAUGGAUAUAUAUAUAUAAACAGAUAAGUGAUAGAUCCCAAUCAACAAUGAUCUUAUUUGUUGUUUAUGUUCUAUUUCAAAAGGAUAAAUUAUCCAUUCUGUAUAUCAUUGAAUAGUAUUCAAAGAAAAUCAAGAUGAUAUUCAGCAACUGAUGAUCCAUCGAUCAUAAUUGACUCGUAUCAAGUAUUCAAAUUGAUGUCUAUUGUAAAUAUUAUAUACAUAUAUAUCUCUAUAUAGAGAUAGAUAUCUAUAUAGAUUAUAGAUAUAUAUAUAUAUACAAUGUAUACAUUAUAUUCCCCCCCCCGUAUUAUUAUUAUUUGUCAUUAUCGGUGUUGUUCAAAUCAAUUAUGUAAUGUGAUAAUUAAAUAUUCCAAAUGUUUGUUUUUGUUUUCCC